AUGUCAUUCAUCGAUAUUAGACUUAAUCAAAUAAAUAAAGCAAUACUACCAAUUAUUAUUGUUAUAUCAUUGAUAAGUUUUGUAUUUGGUGCAAUUGGUCUCAUAUUAAAUUUGUUUGUUUUUACUCGUGCAUCUCUUCGUCGUGAACCAUGUUCACUCUAUUUUUUCUCAUCAACAUUGUUUAAUCUAUUUGUUAUACUCGUGGUUAUACCUGUUCGUAUUGUCUCGGAAGGAUAUAGUAUAGAUAUAGGUAAUUACAAUCUUACAAUUUGUGAAAUAGAAUUCUUUGCUUUUUAUGUUGCACGUACAAUACCUUGUUGGUUAAUUGUCUUAGCUUGUGUUGAUCGAUAUGUAAAUAGUUCGAUAAAAGCACGUAUUCGUCAAAUAAGCUCGUAUAAAACAGCAAGAUUAGCUAUUGGAAUUACUAUCAUUACAAUUAUUAUUUUGCACAUUCAUAUGCCUGUGUAUUAUGAAAUAAGUUAUAUGUCUGAUCAAUUUGGUAAUAUUACACCGGCAUGCUUUGGACAAAAGGGUAUUUAUCGUACUUUUAUUGCAUUUUGGGCUAUGGUUUCAUAUUCACUUUGUCCAUCUUUCUUAAUGUUAUUCUUUGGUUUUCUUACACUUAAAAAUCUUCAUCAACAUCGUCAGGUACUUCCAAGAACUACUCAAAUAAAUCAAACUACUCGACGGGUAAAUAUUCAACUUAGUCGCAUGUUAGCUGCUCAAGUACUCGUAAUUGUCAUUGCCACUUUACCAUUUUCUAUAUAUCGAUUGUAUGCAUCAUUCACUGUAAGCCUGCCUAAGAGCACACUUCGAAUUGCUGAAGAAAAUUUGGCUUUUAAAAUUGCAAAUGUAUUCACAUAUUUUGCUCAUUCAACUAGCUCUUAUUUGUAUACAUUAACGGGUACAGUUUUUCGAAAAGAACUUUUCAAAAUCAUUCGACUACUUUGGUAUCCAAAUCAAACUAUGGUUACAACGACUGGACUUAAAAUGCAGCAAAUGUCGAUUUUACCUAGUAAUCGACAAAUCACUGUUGCUAACAAUAAUGGCACAUAG